AUGUCGACAUUAUGGACUGUAAUUCUCUUCACUGUGUCUGGAAACAGUUUGGUCAUCAUUGCUAUUGCUCAUUUCAAGCAGCUUCAUACACCAACAAACUAUCUGACGCUUUCCUUAGCAGUUACUGACUUUCUUCUUGGUGGUUUCGUAAUGCCUCCCAGUGUGAUCAGAACUGUUGAAAAAUGUUGGUAUUUUGGGGACUUUUUCUAUCGUUAUUAUGCAAUUUGUCAUCCUUUAACAUAUAAGUCUAAGUUUACUAUAGUUUUUACAAAAAAGAUGAUUUUCAUCUGUUGGUCUCUAGCAGCUAUUUAUGGAUUUGGAAUGAUUUUUACAGGAUACAACACAAAGGCUAAUGAAGAUAUCUUUGAUGGAAAUAAUUUUUGUGUAGGGGGUUGCCUUAUUAUUCAGAGUGAAAUUUCAAUAAUUGUUUCUUCAUUAAUUUCCUUUUACAUUCCUGGAUCUGUUAUGGUUAUGAUCUAUUUGAAGAUUUAUUUGGUAGCAAUGAAGCAGGCCAAAUCUUUGAGACAAACAAAUGAAGCACACAGAAAUGAAGUCUCAAAAAAAAGAGAAACAAAAGCUGCAAAAACCCUGGCAAUCGUUGUUGGAGCUUUUCUUUUUUGCUGGUCACCUAUUUUUUUAUGCUAUGUUAUUACCCCCUUUAUUAAGUUUUCAGUUCCUUUAUUGCUUUUGCAGUUUCUAUUCUGGUUUUCCUACACAAACUCAACCUUUAAUCCUUUUAUCUAUGCAUUUUUUUAUAAAUGGUUUAGGAAGGCACUAAAACUGAUCAUCUUAGGUCAGAUAUUUAAAAGCAAUUCUUGCUCUGUGGAGCUUUUUUCAGAGUAA